AUGGCUUCUUCAACCUCAUCCUCCACUCUUUCAAUUUCCUCUUCAUCCACCCUUAUUGACGCCAAACCUCCUUGCAGACAAUCCACAUCUCCACAAUGUGUGACCCUUCCAACUCUUCCUCCUCCACCGUUGCAGUCUCAAUCUCGUCCAUGGAAAACCACUGCAUUCUGUCGAAAGAUUGCUCGCAACGUUAUGUCGAUGGCUUCGAGUACCACAGCAGAAACAUCCACAUCACCGGUUGAUCCAGUAGCAGCCUCCACCGGGGAGCUCAGUGUUAGCGAUUCUCCAGAAUUUCUCAAGACUAUUCAAGAAACAUGGGAGAAAGUUGAAGACAAAUAUGCGGUGAGUACAAUAGCGGUAGCUGGCGCAGUUGCAUUAUGGGGCUCAGUUGGUGUGAUCUCAGCAAUUGAUAGGCUUCCUUUAGUUCCUGGAGUUCUUGAAGUUGUAGGCAUUGGUUACACUGGGUGGUUUGCAUACAAGAACGUAGUUUUCAAGCCAGACAGGGAUGUUUUGGUACGGAAAAUAAAAGGAACUGUUAAAGAAAUUACUGGAAUCGACAUCUAA